AUGUCCUCCAUCCAAGCCAAGCCCGAGCUGCUCAACCCCCACCCAAUCACAAUCACGGCCAAUUUGAAUAAGCGAAAGGAUCAGCGGAAAUUGGAGAAGGCUAAGUUCAAGAAUGGGGGACCCCCACCUUCUACAGAGCCAAUACUCGCGCGCAACCCAACAAGUGCAGAAAUGGAUGCUGCCAUCUCGGUUGUUACUGAUCCCAAAAAGUUCCGCCUCUACAAUCACAGGCAUGUUCGCGUAUUCGACAAGAAGCUCACAAAAGAUAAACAGCAAACCGUUGUGGCUGAUAUAGUCUUCACUAAUCUUAAGGAUAUUUCUGCGGAUAAGCGUUGUGAUUUGGACUGGUUUCUAGCCUUUCUGGAGAAGUCCAAAAUGCUAGAAAUCGUUGGACACUAUGUCAACUCUAAGGCUAUUAAGGAAAACCUUGAAGAAUGGAAACAACACAUGCGAGAUGCCGACCGUGCCAACAAGAUUUUAUGGGACUUCAUACCAGGAUUUUCAGAGCCCAAAAUCCCUGAUCUCGACACACCACUCAGUCGCACGUGCUUUUCCAGCAAUCUUACCUUCACCUCAGACGGCUUCUUCAACCUUCCGCACAAGGACCGCAGGGACAAUGAACGUCUCCCGUUUGCUUUCUUAUUGGUUAUUCCAACGCUGAAGUCCACCGGUCUAAGCGCCUUAGGCUCUGAUGUGCAGAAUGGACAUUGA